AUGAUGUAAAAACUAAUAUUAGUUUUCUUAAUUAAUCUUUUACUGCAUAAUUGCUAGUAAAUAAUUUAAACAAAAGAUGAAACAGGAAAUCAUAUUAAAUUUAUAUUUGCCUCUUGUUUUGCUUUUGAUAGAUAAUAAAAACACGGACCAGUAUCACUUUUUCAUAAUAUAACCAAACACAAUCCUGAUAUAUUCGCUUGGUUGGGAGAUGCUGCAUAUGUUUAUAAUUUUACUCAAGCAUAGCAACUAUUUGAUUCAACUACAAAUGACCCAGGGUAUCAAAAAUUGUUAUAAAAUAAUUAAACAAAAAUAAUUGGAAUUUGGGAUGAUCAUGACUAUGGUGUAAAUGAUGGUGAUAGACUACAUAUACAAAAAGAAGAAAUGAGAGAAAUAUUUUUGAAUUUUUUAAACGAACCUAAAGAUAGUAUUAGAAGAACUUAGCAAGAUGGAAUAUACACUUCUUAUUAUUUGGGUCACACAAAGUAAGUAAAAUUAGUUAUGCUUGAUGUUAGGUAUUCUAGAGACCCUUAUCGAAAAGGAGCAACAGAAAUGUUAGGUGAGGCUUAGUGGAAAUGGCUUGAUAAUGAAUUUUAGGAUGAAAAUGCUAAUGUCAUCUUAUUGACUAGUGGUAUGUAAGUUUUACCAGAUGAUAGACUUGUAACUGAAUAUUGGUACAAUCAAAGUAGGGAAAGGCUUUUUGAUCUCUUUAAAAAGUAUAAGGAUACAAAAAGAGUUGUCAUCUUGAGUGGAGAUGUUCACUUUGCAGAAAUUUUAUCAGAACCUGAUUCUAUUUAAACAAUAGGUUACACUCUUUUUGAAAUUACUAGUAGUGGAAUUUCUCAUAGCUUGGGUUAUUCUAAGUUCCCAAAAUUUUUUAUCGAUACUUUCCUGCCUAACACCUACAGUGAAAAAAAACACAGGUUAUUUGAUUUAAACUAUGCUGUCGCUGAUAUUUAAAUAGAUUCAAAUAACAAAAAUAAUACAAAAAUUAAUUUUGUCAUUUACGAUAAACACGAAAACCCUAAACUUUCAAUUACUAUUCAGCCUUGGGAAAACAUAAAAGAAUCACACACCCAAACUUUUUUAAAUAGAAGUAGUCAUUACCUUAUUAGGUUUACUUUACAAGUAUGGAGAAACUAUUUUUUUGAUUAUUGUGAAAUAGGGAUAUUAAUAAUUGUCAUUGCUAUUUUCAUAAUCAAAACUAUUAAAUACUUAAUCAAUUUAAUUUUUAAGACAUUUCCAAAGAAAUUUAAGACAAACUGA